GUCUACUCCUAUAAACAAUAGUGACGUACUAUGUGAACCUGGUAGGUUCCUCCUCUGUGCUGGCAAUUGGCAUAAACCUUUAUACAUUUAUCCAUUUCAUAAGAUCUAGAUUUCAUAAAAUAUAGAUUAAUUGCCAUUUUAUUCAUUUCCUUUAUUUUAUUUAAUAAUAAUAAUCCAUCUACCUUACACUUUUAAGAUCACCAAAACCUUUUCAAUUUCCAACAAACAAAAACCCAUUAAAUAGAAAAAGAUUUUAAUCUUUAUUUCAUCAAAAACCCAUUAAAUAGAACAAGAUUUAAUCUUUAUUUUCUUCAAAAACCCAUCAAAUAGAACAAGAGUUAAUCUUUAUUUCAUCAAAAACCCAUUAAGUAGAACAAUAUUUGAUCUUUAUUACAUCAAAAACCCAUUAAAACAAUAUUUAAUCUUUAUUCCAUCAAAAACCCAUUAAAUAGAACAAGAUUUAAUCUUUAUUUCAUCAAAAAAAAAAUACCCAAAAUGGAAAAAGAAGAGAGGGAUACAGAAUUAGGGAUUCCAUUAUUACAAGAAAUUCAAUCACCAAUUGAUAUAAAUGGGGAAAAAGGAGCAAGUUUAGCAAGUGCUGUAUUCAAUAUAUCAACAACCAUGAUUGGAGCUGGAAUUAUGUCAAUUCCUGCAACAUUUAAGGUUUUGGGUGUUUUCCCUUCUUUGUCUGUUGUUCUAAUUGUUGCUUUGAUGGGAGAUAUUACUGGAGAGUUUAUGUUAAGGUAUACUCAUUCUGGAAAAUCAACUUCAUAUGCUGGUUUAAUGGGUGAAUCUUUUGGAAGAAUUGGUGCUCUUGCUUUGCAAAUUUGUGUUAUUAUUACAAGUUUUGGGUGUCUUAUUAUUUAUCUCAUAAUUAUUGGGGACGUACUUGCAGGAACCCAGUCCGGGAGCACCAUACACACAGGAAUACUACAGGAAUGGUUUGGAUUUUAUUGGUGGACGUCACGCUCGUUUGCGAUUCUCUUUGUUGUGCUUAUUGUCAUCCUUCCAUUGGUGUUAUUUCGUCGUGUAGAUUCACUUCGGUACACUUCGUUACUAGCCAUACUUCUCGCGGUGGUGUUUAUCGUCAUAUCCUCGUUCAUGGCAAUAGAAGCAUUAUUGGAAGGGAAAACACAAAACUUGAGGCUAAUGCCAGAUUUUUCGGAUAAAGGAGCCAUCUUUAGUCUGUUUACGACACUCCCGGUUUUUAUGACUGCGUUUGGAUACCAAAUCAAUGUUCAUCCGGUCAGAGCAGAGCUUGGGGAACCUUCAGACAUGAGAUUGGCUAUCAGGAUAUCACUCUUGAUAUGUGCUCUCUUUUAUUUUUCUAUCGGCUUCUUCGGUUACCUACUAUUUGGGGAUUCUAUCAAUGCGGAUAUGUUGGUGAACUUCGAUCAGAUCGGUCAUGGUACCGUGAUAUCUUUAGUAAUCAAUGCCAUUGUUCGUUUAAGCUACGCAAUUCACCUCAUGCUAGUGUUUCCUAUAAUAAAUUACUGCCUGAGAUUCAAUAUAGACGAGCUCUUUUUCCCCGACAAGCCAGACUUGGCGAAAGACAAGACACGAUUCCUAGGCCUCACAGUUAUACUACUGAUCCUCGUCUAUGUAGUCGCGAUUGCGAUACCAAGCAUAUGGUAUUGCUUUCAAAUUCUGGGUUCGACAACGGUUCUUUGCCUUAUACUCAUAUUUCCAUCCAGUAUUGUUUUGAGGGAUGUUCAUGGGAUAUCUUCGGUAUGGGACAAGGCGGUCGCAGGAAUCCUUAUACUAAUCGCGUUGUCUAUGAGCGUAAUUGCUUUAUGGACCAACUUGUCCACUCCUGCAGGAAGUGAAGCUUAGCCGAAUUCGUCUCGAUUAAUACACUUAAGUUGAAGCCGAAGUUUAUCAAUCUGGUGAUCGAUAACAAUGUGCUCGCCUUUUUUACACGAAUCCUCUUGUAUAUUCAUGUAUUCUGUUGUAUAUUCUAUCUGUUAGGUUGUAAAUAUCCUUUCCUGGACUGCAAUCUCCAUGCCAAUGAAACGAGCUAAUUCUUGUUAGAACGAUGCUCUCAGUUCGAAUGAUUGAUUUCUUGUACGUUUUAGCGUAAUUCUAGACGGUUCUUUAUAGAUUGUCAAAAAUGUUGAAUCUAAAGAACAAUGCAUCAAAGUAUAAGCAAAGAUGUACUUGUAGAAGCUCUAAUUUUAAUGUUAGUCUUUCUCAACACUGCCAUACUAGAAUGCUUGAAA